CUGCGCAUGUCAGUAAUUCCGCCUGUGUUUUGAGUUUAUGUAUGUGUCUGCGUGUGUGUUCUUUCCCACACGAGUUUACUGGAAUUCCGAAUGCUCACAACCACCGCCAGAAUGGCAGCUGCACCCCCGAACUCAGACGACUCUAGCCGGGGUAGUAGCGGUAGCAGCACGCCCGGCGUCCUUGUCGGGGACGGGGACACGGAAGAGGCCGAGGAUUUCACCUCCUCCUCCCACUGCACAGAGCUGUCUCGGCGGCAGAAUGAACAGAGGAAGCAGGGAUUGUUCUGCGACGUGACGCUGGCCUUCAGCAGUGGGGCGGCAACCGGGAAUGUUCAGAGCUGUGAGUUUUCCGCUCACCGUUCUGUACUGGCCGCGGCUACGGACUAUUUCACGCCGUUGCUGGGAGGGCAGUUCUCCGAGUCGCUGUCGGGUCGGGUUGAGUUGAAGGAAUGGAGCGCUGAAUUGGGACCAGACCCGGAGACGGUGGAGAGUGUCAUUCAGUACAUGUACAUCGGAGAAAUACGUGUGAGCACCUGCAAUGUGCAUGAAGUGUUAGAGCUUGCUGACAGGUUCCUGCUGCUGCAUCUGAAGGAGUUCUGUGGGGAGUUCUUGAAGAAGAAGCUGAGCCUGGCCAACUGUGUGGCGGUGCACAGCCUGGCCCACAUGUACACCCUGGACCAGCUGGCUCUGCGGGCCGCAGACAUGAUCCGACGCAAUUUCCACAAGGUCAUCCAGGAUGAGGAGUUCUACACCCUGCCCUUCCACCUGGUGAGGGACUGGCUGUCUGACGCGGAGAUCACCGUGGACGAGGAAGAGGUGCUGUUUGAGGCUGUGGUGAAGUGGGUCCAGAGGAACACAGAACAGCGGGGGAGGUACUUUGAGGAGUUGUUCCGUCUCCUCCGGCUACCCCAGAUUAAGCCCACCUGUCUGACGCGCGUGGUGAAGAACGAGGCGUUGGUGGCUGCCAACGAGGCCUGUCUCCGCCUGGUGUCCGAUGCCGUGGAGGGCCACGCCAUCCGCUGUGAGAACCUCAAGUCAGCUGACCUGGAGUUCUGGUCGUCCUAUAUGGCCUCCUUCCAGCCGCGCUUCGGCCAGAACAUGGACGUUAUCAUGGUGGUGGGCGGGGUGUCUGAGGGGGGUGACUACCUGAGUGAAUGUGUGGGUUACUUCAUCUACGAGGACCGCUGGGUUAACCUGCCCCACAUCCACAACCACCUGGAUGGCCACGCCAUCGCCACCACAGAGUCCCACAUCUACGUAGCAGGAUCCAUGGAACCGGGCUUCGCCAAGACCGUGGAGCGCUAUAACCCCAACCGCAACACCUGGGAACAGGUGAGCAACCUGACCACACGUAAACACUCAUUUGGUCUCACCUGUAUCAAAGACAUCCUGUAUAGCAUCGGUGGCCACGGCAACUUCAGCCCCGGCUUCAAGGACGUGAGCGUGUACGAGCCUGAGCCGGACAAGUGGCACAAUCUGGAGUCGGCGCCCAAGAUCCUGCGGGACGUGAAGGCGGUGAGCGUGGAGGACCGCUACGUAUACGUGACGGCGCGCACGCCGGUGGACACGGACAACGAGGACGGGCUGAAGACGGUCACCACGCGUUACGACACAGAGAGCCGCCAGUGGCAGGACGUGGACUCCCUGCCGCUCAUAGACAACUACUGUGUGUUCCAGAUGGCCGUGGCCUCCACCAACUUCUACCACACGGCCUCCUGCUGCCCUAAGAGCUACACGGUGCGGGACGAGGCCGCCAAGCAGAAGAUCAGCGCCCACAUCUCAGACGAGAUCCUGGAGAGCUUGCCGCCCGAGGUCACCAGCGUCGAGGGCGCCGCCAUCUGCCACUUCGACGAGGACGUCUUUGUGAUCGGUGGCUGGAAGAACAGCGACGACGUGGACAAGCAGUACCGCAAAGAGGCCUACCGCUACUCUGCCGAAAGGAAGCGCUGGAUGCUGCUGCCGCCCAUGCCCCAGCCGCGCUGCCGCGCCACCGCCUGCCACGUACGCAUCCCCUACCGCUUCCUGUACGGCUGCCAGCGCUACCCCAUGCCCCAGAACCUGGCCCGCCAGCGGGACCGUAUGCAGCAGAUGCAGCAGCUACACCGGCGCACCCUCACCUUGCGCAGGCAGCUGCAGUCUCAGAUCGAGUGCUGAACUAUCUCAACCCCUGUCUGUCCAUCACAUACACUCCAGAAUGGGAGCAGCCCAGUCCAGCCCCAAGCCCCAAACAUCCCCUGGCAUCCAUCGUCAUUAACCCCCACCCAUAACCUGCUGGAGCAGUGGCUCCUAUGUUGCUCUCAUGUUGGUUCUUUUUCAAGAGAACGCUGUGCCAGAUCAUCAGGUUGAGACGAUGGUGUUGGUUGAGACGAUGGUGUUGGUUUGUGACGAUGGUGUUGGGUUGAGACGAUGGUGUUGGGUUGAGACGAUGGUGUUGGUUUGAGACGAUGGUGUUGGUUUGAGACGAUGGUGUUGGUUUGAGACGAUGGUGUUGGUUGAGACGAUGGUGUUGGUUUGUGACGAUGGUGUUGGGUUGAGACGAUGGUGUUGGGUUGAGACGAUGGUGUUGGUUUGUGACGAUGGUGUUGGUUGAGACGAUGGUGUUGGUUUGAGACGAUGGUGUUGGUUUGAGACGAUGGUGUUGGUUUGAGACGAUGGUGUUGGUUGAGACGAUGGUGUUGGUUUGAGACGAUGGUGUUGGUUGAGACGAUGGUGUUGGUUUGAGACGAUGGUGUUGGUUUGUGACGAUGGUGUUGGUUUGAGACGAUGGUGUUGGUUUGUGACGAUGGUGUUGGUUUGAGACGAUGGUGUUGGUUUGAGACGAUGGUGUUGGUUUGUGACGAUGGUGUUGGUUUGAGACGAUGGUGUUGGUUUGAGACGAUGGUGUUGGGUUGAGACGAUGGUGUUGGUUUGAGACGAUGGUGUUGGUUUGAGACGAUGGUGUUGGGUUGAGACGAUGGUGUUGGUUUGAGACGAUGGUGUUGGUUUGUGACGAUGGUGUUGGUUUGUGACGAUGGUGUUGGUUUGAGACGAUGGUGUUGGUUUGAGACGAUGGUGUUGGUUUGAGACGAUGGUGUUGGUUUGUGACGAUGGUGUUGGUUUGAGACGAUGGUGUUGGUUUGUGACGAUGGUGUUGGUUUGUGACGAUGGUGUUGGUUUGUGACGAUGGUGUUGGUUUGAGACGAUGGUGUUGGUUGAGACGAUGGUGUUCAAGGCUGGGAGAUGUGGGGGUGAAGUGACCCUGUGCUGGCCAGGUGUUUGUCUAUGUGGGGAGGACAGGCUGAAUGUUACAAAUGUGAAUAGAGUGUUGUACAGGGACCAACAUCGGACUCACUACCUAUGUACGUCAGGCACAGGUGAUGUUUGUCUUUUUAUACAUACAUAUAGUAUAUAGUUGUAUACUUUUAUUAUAUAUAAAUAUUUUCUGUCCCCCUUUUAUUGCUUAUAUGAUGUAGGCAAUGUGACCCUUCGGUAUGGCAGAAUCUACAUUCCUCCAAUCCAAUGUGACCCUUCGGAAUGGCAGAAUCUACAUUCCUCCAAUACAAUGUGACCCUUCGGUAUGGCAGAAUCUACAUUCCUCCAAUCCAAUGUGACCCUUCGGUAUGGCAGAAUCUACAUUCCUCCAAUACAAUGUGACCCUUCGGUAUGGCAGAAUCUACAUUCCUCCAAUACAAUGUGCUUAGUGAUGUCAGUCGCUCUCUAUGACAUUCCAUCAGGACACUGACAGUCUCUCCAUGCAAAUAUCACAUAUAUACAUACAUACACUCUGUCCAGCUGAAGGCUCGGGACAAUACCAGUAUUGCGAUACUCGUUAGUGUCGUGGCAAGUGAACAUAACACGAAGCACAUUUAACUUGUUUAGGAAAACAAACAUCUUAUGUCAUCCAGUCACAUUUAUUUUUCCAAGCUAUAGCACACAAUAUGUUACAUACAGCAGGUUAUUAAAGGACCUAAGGGUUCGGUCUGUUUCGUGUUUUCAUUUUUGCCAUGGAAAAAUGAUUGCCAUACUGGUGUCAUCCUGGCCCAACCAGUCAGUCGGACCAAACCCUUACCAACACCUGAUGGCUUUGCUGUGCUUUAUAUUAGCUUCAUCUGAAUGGCUCUGCUUGUUGUUGUUAUAACUUUGAUACAGUAGCUCAACAUGAAUGAAAGGAGAAUAGUCUUAUAUUUAUUAUCAGAUCUACGGUCCAAUCAAGAGUGGACAACUUAAUUAGUGACUUACCACCACUAUCUAUGUGGGCUGUGGUUUUCCCCUGUUUCCUUAAUGGAUCACAGUAAAUUAGACGUCUCUCCUCCCCUCGUUGCUCCUAAUGUUUCCUCUGUCUUAUUACUGACGUUCGAUAGUGUAUUUCUUUGAGCAGUCAGUGCAGAGAGGGGGAGUCGACAGAGAAAUCUCCCAUGUGGCAUCAGUUAGAAAGAAAGGAAGUUGGAAAGGAGAAUGGAGAUGGUGGGAGUCUGAGACAGAUGGAGAGAGAGAUUGUUCAUCCAUCCCCAAUCUCUUAAUUAGACUCGUGUGCACCCAUCCGUCUGCAAGAGUGAUGGUCAUUAUUCUGUUCAUGUCUGAGUCUUGUGGAAAAUUCUCCUUGUCAGUUUUUUCUGACAGGUAUCUUAAUGAAAGUCUUUUUAAUUACUUUUUUUACCCAAUUGGUAGUUACAGUCUUGUCUCAUUGCUGCAACUCCGAGUCUGUACGGGAGCUACACGCCUCUCCCGUACAGACUCGGGAGAGGCGAAGGUGUGCAUCCUCCGAAACACAACACAACGACCACUUAACCCGGAAACCAGCCGCACCAAUGUGUCGGAGGAAACACCAUACACCUGGCGACAGUGUCAGCGUGCACUGCGCCUGUCCCGCCACAGGAGUCGCUAGUUCGAGAUGGGACAAGGGCAUCCCUGCCAAUCUCUCCCCUAAACCGGACGAUACUGGGCCAAUUGUGCGCCGCCCCAUGGGUCUCCCGGUUGUGGCCGGCUGCGACACAGCCUGGACUCGAACCCAGAAUCUCUAGUUGCACAGCUAGCGCUAUGAUGCAGUGUCUUAGACCGCUGCGCCACUCGGGAGGCCCCUUAAUGAAACAGUCUUAACUUGGUAACAUUCCAUUGAUCAUUUGAAAUUCCAUCAACCAUUCCGUUUAAUUAUUCUUCAGUCUUCUGCUCGUCCCAUUCCUGUUAGUAGGAACAUUGUGUAGAAGGACCUAGGUGGGAGUUUGAAUGUUUCUCUUCUUAUUUUGUCUGCAUUGGUUUUGAGUUUAAUGGCUGGAGGGUGUAGUUCCCGAUGGAGGACUUGAUAACGUGUGUGUCUGCGUAUCUGAGUACGCUAAACAAUGCUUGGCGAAGCUGAUGAAAAGCAUGCUUAGUAGUGCACUUGUCUACCCCUUAAUCAGUUUGUAAUAUUUAAGUCCGAGUGGGUUUACCUGUCAUAUUUGUCUUCAGAUUUGGCCGAUUUGCAUUUUUUUCUUUUAAUUUAUCAUUUAAUCCAACACCAGCCGAUAAUCUAUUCUGUUCCCAUGUGAGAAAAUAUGUGCAUUUGCUUAGUAAUCCAAAAUGAAUGUGAUGUGAAGUGUGGGGCAGCCCUGUUGCUGUACCUUAUACAGGUGUUCAUCUGCGAGAUCCUGCCACAUUGUUGUAUGUUCUCCUCACCCUCCAAAGACAGUCAGAUGAGAUGUAUAGACCAGUGGUUCCCAACCAGGGGUACGAAGACCCCUGGGGGUACUUGGCCUAGCCACAGGGGGUACUUGAAAAGACUGAGUCCAUAGGGUUAGUGGUAAAAUGCACAUGAGGGGGGUACUUCAGGGGUACUCCGGGCAGAGCAAAAUUCAGUUGGUGGUAGGUUGUGAACCACUGCUAUAGACUAGAGGGUAUCCUUAUGUUACUGAGCGGAAUGACCAUAUCAAGGUGAAUGUGUUGCCAUUGAGUUCAAGAGUUCAUUGAUUGUUAUAAGCACUAUCCCUGAAGCUAAUUUAUAACGUAAAGCACUAUAAUUUUGAGAAUGCAAUGAAAGGGUAUUUCCUCAGUUUUGUUCCUCUUGCAUAGCAUUUGAAAAAAUAUUAUUGACAUAUGUAGGCAACAUAUAUUUUUGCUUUGCAUGUGGCAGUCUGGCAUUGUGUCAAUAUAUUGGAUGUAAAAAAAAAUAUGCUGAUGUCAUCACUUGCAAUUAAAAUGUCAAUUUCUUUUUUUUACAA